CUCUGGUGAAGGACCCGGGCUUGGAAGGAGACCACCCAUGGAGGGUGAGAUGGCAAUUUAUAUUUAUUUACCUAUCCAGCGUUAGUGUUUCCAGGAUAGCUUGUAGGAAUAGUCAGAGUGAGCCAUCCUAAUUUCACGCCCCCUGUCUGAAGUGGAAUGACGUGAGGUUGAUGCCACGUCACGCAGAUGCUCCGUCACCACUAUCAACAUAAAACAUGGCGACGUCUGUUCGCGAUAAGCAGACCGUUGCUUUAAAGCGCAUGCUGAACUUCAACUCUCCUCCUCUGAAGAAAGCAGCAGCCGAGCCUGUAUGGAAGGUGCUGAUUUACGACCGGUUUGGCCAAGAUAUAAUUUCUCCACUGCUUUCUGUCAAAGAGCUGCGAGACAUGGGCAUCACGCUUCACCUCCUCCUUCACUCAGACAGAGAUCCCAUUCCAGAUGUUCCAGCUGUUUAUUUUCUCAUGCCCACAGAGGAGAACAUCGACAGGAUUUGUCAGGACCUGAGGAACCAGCUGUAUGAGUCCUACUACAUGAACUUCAUCUCAGCCAUCAGCAGAAGUAAACUGGAGGACAUCGCCAGUGCUGCUCUGGCUGCUAAUGCUGUUAGCCAAGUCACAAAGGUGUUUGAUCAGUACCUGAACUUCAUCAGUCUGGAAGAUGACAUGUUCAUCCUCUGUCAUCAGAACAAAGAACUCAUUUCCUACCAUGCCAUCAAUAGAGCAGAUAUCCAGGACACAGACAUGGAGGCCAUCAUGGACACAGUUGUCGACAGCCUGUUCUGUUUCUUUGUCACUUUAGGUGCGGUGCCAAUAAUUCGAUGUCCCAGAGGAAAUGCUGCAGAGAUGGUAGCAGUGAAGCUGGAUAAGAAGCUGCGUGAGAACCUGCGGGAUGCCAGAAACAGUCUGUUCACUGGAGACAGCAUGACUGGAGGACAGUUCAGUUUCCAGAGGCCGCUGUUUGUUUUGGCGGAUCGUAACAUGGACAUGGCCACGCCCCUUCACCACACCUGGACCUAUCAGGCGCUGAUCCAUGAUGUUCUGGACUUCCAUCUUAACAGGGUGGUGCUGGAGGAAGGUGGGGGGGCGGAGGCAUCACCUGCUGGUGCCAGACCAAAGAAAAAGGCCAGAAAGACCUACGACCUGACAGCUGCUGACUCGUUUUGGCAGAAACACAAGGGCAGCCCGUUCCCAGAGGUGGCCGAGUCGGUUCAGGAGGAGCUUGAUGCCUACAGAGCCCAGGAGGACGAGGUCAAGCGUCUGAAGAGCAUUAUGGGUUUAGAGGGGGAGGACGAAGGAGCAAUCAGCAUGCUGUCAGACAACACAGCCAAACUCACCUCUGCUGUCAGCUCUUUGCCAGAACUUCUUGAGAAGAAAAGACUGAUUGAUCUCCACACAAAUGUCGCCACUGCAGUACUCGACCACAUCAAGAGUCGAAAACUAGAUGUUUACUUUGAGUAUGAAGAGAAACUGAUGAGUAAAUCAGCCUUAGACAAGUCCCUGCUGGACAUCAUCAGUGACCCAGAUGCUGGGACCCCCGAGGACAAAAUGAGACUCUUCCUGAUCUUCUACAUCACUGCUCAGCAGGCUCCUUCAGAGUCUGACUUGGAGCAGUAUAAGAAGGCGUUGGUGGAUGCAGGCUGUGACCUCUCAUCUCUCAACUACAUUAAACAGUGGAAGGCUUUUACCAAAAUGGCCACCGCCCCAGCUAACUACGGGAACAGUGGAGUCAAACCGAUGGGCCUGUUCUCCAGAGUCAUGAACACCGGCUCCCAGUUUGUCAUGGAGGGUGUGAAGAACUUGGUGCUCAAGCAGCAUAAUCUUCCAGUCACUCGGAUUCUGGACAACCUGAUGGAGAUGAAGUCACAUCCUGAAACAGAUGACUACCGGUACUUUGACCCAAAGAUGCUGCGAGGCAGUGAAAGCUCUAUUCCCAGAAACAAAAACCCAUUUCAGGAGGCCAUCGUGUUUGUGGUCGGGGGAGGGAACUACAUCGAGUACCAGAACCUGGUGGACUAUUCCAAGUCCAAACCAGGAAGGAAGGUUCUGUACGGCUGCAGCGAACUCUUCAACGCGUCUCAAUUUAUGAAGCAGCUUGCUCAGCUUGGACAGAAGUGAUGUGUGACUCCAGCAGCAGCAUCCCGUUUCAUCUGAUCAGUUUUUUAUUGUCUCUGUUCUUCAAACAAACUAAACCUGUUCUCUUUUUUCAUUCCUCUAAGAAUAAUAAAUCUAAAUGUACAUCUGA